AUAAAUGGUCCCACCCCUGGGCAAGGUGGCUCAUUCUGGCAGGUAAUAACAGAGGAGUGUGCACCUGCCACCAGUCAAGCUUAACUAGACUUCCAGAGGAGGCAAGGCGGAUCAAGCGAGGGAGUGAGUGAACCAUGGACAAGUUAAAGUGCCCGAGCUUCUUCAAGUGCAGGAGGAAGGAGAAAGUGACGGCUUCAUCAGAGAACUUUCAUGUUGGUGAAAAUGAUGAGAAUCAGGAUCGUGGUAACUGGUCCAAAAAAUCAGAUUAUCUUCUAUCUAUGGUUGGAUAUGCAGUGGGAUUGGGAAAUGUGUGGAGAUUUCCGUAUCUGACUUACAACAAUGGUGGAGGGGCCUUCUUGAUACCUUAUGCAAUUAUGCUAGCAUUGGCUGGUUUACCUUUGUUCUUCUUAGAGUGUUCACUGGGACAAUUUGCUAGCCUAGGUCCAGUUUCAGUUUGGAGAAUUCUUCCAUUGUUUCAAGGUGUGGGAAUUACAAUGGUCCUGAUAUCCAUUUUUGUGACAAUCUAUUAUAAUGUCAUAAUUGCCUAUAGUCUUUACUACAUGUUUGCUUCUUUUCAAAGCGAACUACCAUGGAAAAAUUGUUCUUCUUGGUCAGAUAAAAACUGUAGCAGAUCACCUAUAGUAACUCACUGUAAUGUGAGUACAGUGUUUGGAGAGAUCAUCCAAAUGAAUAAAAGCUGGGUAGACAGCAACAAUCUUACCUGCAUCAGUGGCAGUGAAGUUUAUCAUCCAGGACAGCUUCCCAGUGAACAAUAUUGGAAUAAAGUGGCACUCCAACGGUCAAGUGGAAUGGAUGAGACUGGAGUAAUUGUGUGGUAUUUAGCACUUUGUCUUCUUCUCGCUUGGCUCAUAGUUGGAGCAGCACUUUUUAAAGGAAUCAAGUCUUCUGGCAAGGUGGUAUAUUUUACAGCUCUUUUUCCCUAUGUGGUUCUACUCAUCCUGUUAAUACGAGGUGCAACUCUGGAAGGUGCAUCAAAAGGCAUUUCAUACUAUAUUGGAGCACAGUCAAAUUUUACAAAACUUAGGGAAGCUGAGGUGUGGAAAGAUGCUGCCACUCAAAUAUUUUACUCCCUUUCGGUGGCUUGGGGUGGCUUAGUUGCUCUGUCAUCUUACAAUAAGUUCAAUAACAACUGCUUCUCUGAUGCCAUUGUAGUUUGUUUGACAAAUUGUCUCACUAGUGUGUUUGCUGGAUUUGCUAUUUUUUCUAUAUUGGGACACAUGGCUCAUAUAUCUGGAAAGGAAGUUUCUCAAGUUGUAAAAUCAGGUUUUGAUUUGGCAUUCAUUGCUUAUCCAGAAGCUCUAGCCCAACUUCCAGGUGGUCCAUUUUGGUCCAUAUUAUUUUUCUUCAUGCUUUUAACUCUGGGUCUCGAUUCUCAGUUUGCUUCCAUUGAAACGAUUACAACAACAAUUCAAGAUUUAUUCCCCAAAGUGAUGAAGAAAAUGAGAGUUCCUAUAACUUUGGGUUGCUGCUUGGUUUUGUUUCUCCUUGGUCUCGUCUGUGUGACACAGGCUGGAAUUUACUGGGUUCAUCUGAUUGACCACUUCUGUGCUGGAUGGGGCAUUUUGAUCGCAGCUAUACUGGAAAUAGUAGGAAUCACCUGGAUUUAUGGAGGGAACAGAUUCAUCAAAGAUAUAGAAAUGAUGAUUGGAGCAAAGAGGUGGAUAUUCUGGCUAUGGUGGAGAGCUUGCUGGUUUGUCAUUACGCCUAUCCUCUUGAUUGCAAUUUUUAUCUGGUCACUGGUACAAUUUCAUAGACCUAAUUAUGCUGAAAUUCCAUAUCCUGACUGGGGAGUGGCUCUAGGCUGGUGUAUGAUUAUUUUCUGCAUUAUUUGGAUUCCAAUUAUGGCUAUCAUAAAAAUUGUUCAGGCUAAAGGAAACAUCUUUCAACGUGUUGUAAGCUGUUGCAGACCAGCUUCUGACUGGGGUCCGUACCUGGAACGACAUCGUGGGGAGAGAUAUAAAGGCAUGGUAGAUCCUAAUAAGGAGACUGACCAUGAAAUACCUACUAUUAGUGAUAGUAGAGUACCAGAAUGAGAUCUCAUUUUAAAAGAUAUGUGGUUGUGUAAUGUGAUUUUUUUAGAGUAAGGGAAAUUUUUAUUUAUUUGUAUGUUAAUUGAGUAGAAAAUGUAUAUACUAUGUUCAUAAUAGUGUGAUAAGUUUUUUCCCAUUUAAGCAUGAAUGUAACAUAAAAAUGUGAAUCUAUUAAUAUUUAGCUAGGUACUCAUAUUUCUCUUUAGAUUAUCUGUAUAAUUCCUACACAUAUAACUGUCUCUAUUCACAAUAACAAUUUUGUAAAUAUUAUCAUAAUGUUUUUCUAAUGCAUUGGAAACUUUAUUUUGAGCUGAUUACUUAUAAAAUAGUUGUUUUCUAUUAUACAAGUUUUAAAAUAUUAUUGGCUCACAUUUUCUUAAUAUACAAUUUUUUGCCACAAAGCUGGGUGAAAAAUAAAUCAGUAUAUUUAAAAGAAAGUGUUAGAAACUGAAGGCCUCAAUCAGAAAUGGUAUAAAUGUAUGGAAAAAAUUACUGAAUUUUAUGAGGACUCUAAUGCUUUUGAGACAGGUAUUUCUAAAACUUCAUGCAUUUGCUCUAUCUUAUAUAUGCUAUGUGAAUUUAGUUAAUGUUCUUUAUUCAUAUAGAGUGAUAUAAGACAGAAAUUUAAGGAUCCUAUGGCCAGUAAGUGGCAAAUCUAGAAAAUGGAGUUUCAAUUACUUCCUUACUCAUUUCCCCUAUACUGUCUUCCUUAGGUUACAUUUGGAAGAAAAGUAUGAUCCAUUUAAUUUCUAUUGUGUUUCAUAAAAUUAAAAAUUGUUCAUUAUAUUCUCUGAAAUCUAGGUUUAAUUUCAAACCAAAAUGUUAACUAGCAAAGGGCUUUAAUCAAAUCUAGCAUUUUAUGAUUGUGAUACAUGGCUAAUAGAGCAAACAGAAUGAUUUUGUUUUAUAUGAAUAAGUUAUUGAUUAUGGGUGAUAACUGGUUUACAUACUGUUAAGAGAUAAACUUCAAACUUGGCAAAAAUGAGAGAAGUCAAAUUAUAAAGUACUAUGUCCUGGUUUUCUCAUAAAAAUAAUGAAAUAUAUUAUACCAUUAAUAGCUUUGGAUAUUUAUUAUAAUCCAUAAAACAUUAUGACAAUUGGUUUAAAUGUCACGACCUCGGAUGACAAACACCAACUAUAUAAGGAAAUUCUGACCUAUUAUUAAAUUUCUUAACUUAGUCUUCAGGGAAUGUAUGGAACAUUUUCUGUGUGUAUGUGUACCUGAAUUUUUCUAGAGAGUCCAUAGUUUUCAUCAGAAUAUUCUAGAGACCUGUGAUCCAAAAAAGUUUAAGAACCACAUAUACUACUUCUGGCUUUUGUGCUUACCAAGUGAGUGACAACAGAAGGAAUAGUUUUCUUACAUAUUUUAAAUUCCUUUUCCUCUUUUUUUGAUUGAAGAUGAAGGAGAAAUGGAUUAAGGCAUUUUCUGUAAUGUAUACUGGUAAUUUACUUUAGAGAGAGAGAGUAUGAAGGUAGUAGGUAAAUAGGUUGGCCUAAAAAUGGACCAUCCCAGUGAGUUGUGUCGAUGUGUGUAUACAUAGGAUUAACUUAUGUUUGAUAUUUUGAGGGUUUUCAUUGAGGGUAGGUCUAAGGUUGCUGCUGAAUUUCAAGAGAUUGUUCAUUCUGUAAUUAUACUGAAUUUUAUAAAAUAUUAUUUGAAAUAGAUAACUAGAGCUUAGACUUUUUUCUUAAUUAUUAUCCACAGUAUGAUACAUGCAUUCCACCAUUACAUUUUGGUGCUGUGUGGGGUAUGGAUUUUUCAUCAAUCAGAAAAACGUAAUUUUUCUAUAGGUGACUCUUGUACUUCAGGGAAGAUUUUGGCAUCUUAAAUGAAAGAAUAUAUAAUUGGGGAGAGAGAGGAGGUGUGAAAGGGGAGAAAUUCCCUUUGAAAUCAGACCACAAAGAGUGGUUAAGAGUUUGUGUCACUAUCUUCACAAGUGUGUAAAGCACAGGUCUUAAGGGAGUGCUUAGCAUAUUGUAGAGUUUUCAAUGAUAGCUCUUAUUAUUACACGGUGGCAAGAUACAACGCUGGCAAGAAACAGUAUUCUGCAUAAUGGAAAAGAGUUCUAUCAAGUUCCAUUUAUUUUAAUGCAAACUUGAAUUAUAGUGUUGUACUGUAAACCAUUAGGAAAACUGAUUUUCACACUUGAGUGAAAUUAAAAUUACUGUUUUUAACUAUAUUUUUACUGUAGCUUAAUUUUUCUCUCUUUUUUUUUUGAGACAGAGUCUCACUAUGACACCCUCAGUAGAGUGUGGUGGUGUCACAGCUCACAGCAACCUCGUACUCUUGGUCUUAAGCGAUUCUCUUGCUUGAACCUCCUAAGUAGCUGGGACUACAGGUGCCCACCACAACGCCUGGCUUACUGUAGCUUAAUUUUUAAAACUUUUAUGUUCUACACUUGACAGAUUUGAAUUGAACCCUUGCCAUAUGCUCCAUAGGUGUGGUUCCACCUUUUAUCCUCCCUCUAUCAAACCUCCCCUUUCCCCUCCAUGCAUAAAUGUAUUCAUAAAUUAUGUGUAUUUGACUUAAUAAAAAUAAAUUAAUUAAAAAUAAAACUUUUAAUUCUU